AUGUUCAUGAACAAACCGCAAGGCGACGCGCUGGCGGCGAAGGUCGAUGACGCGCCAACCCCUUCCUGGGGCACCUGGGAGGAGCUCAUCCUCGCCUUCGCCGUCAACCGCCACGGCACCGCCUCUUGGGACUCCAUCGCGUCCGAGCUCCGGAAGCGGACCUCCGAACCCAACCUCUCCUACACCCCGAACAUCUGCCGGUCCAAGUACCUCGACCUCAAACGCCGCUUCGUCGUCGCCCCCAAUCGAGAUUCGGAUGCCACCGCCGGCGGCGGCGAUGGUAAAUCGGGCGGCGACGAGUCCGCCGCGCCUCUGCUGGAGGAGCUGAGGAAAUUGAGGGUGGCGGAGCUCCGGCGGGAGGUGGAGCGCUACGAUCUCAACAUCGAGUACUGUUUCGUGAUGGAGUCGGCGGGCGGCGGCGGAGAAGGAAUAGACAAGGAUCGGCUGUCGGUGAACGAGUCGAACUCGACAGAUCCCGCGGCGGAGAAGUCAAAAACCGGCGAGAAAGAAUCUGAACCGGCCGGAACUGGAGUUGAUGAGGUAGGGCGGGAUCAGGCCGACCAGGAGCCGGCCGAGUUGACACCCGAACCGGAUCGAAAAUCUGGCCGGGCGGACUCCUGCAACGGAAGCUCGAACAGCAUCGAGAAGUCCGAUCGGAGGGCGAAGGAGGAACCGGCGACUGACUCGGCGGAGUCCGGCGGCGGAGGGGAGGCUGCGAAGGAGAGCUCGGAUGUGCAGAGCACGGCUAGCAGAUCGAGGAAGGAGGGAGGUGGUGAUACUGUGCAGCGCGGGAGCACGGGAAGCGAUGGGCGCGAACAUGAGGAUCACAAAUUGUCUGCUCAAUCGCAGCCGCUGGUUGACUUUAUUCAAUCCGUCCUGGCUCACAAUCUCGGCUCCAUCUUCCAGCGUCGGCUCCGUAGCCAGGAAACCUCAAAAUACCAGAAGCUAAUCCUUCAGCAUAUGGACCUGGAGACAGUCGAGACGAAGCUGAGACGAGGAUUUUACUCGGGCUCACGGGCCGAGUUCUUCCGUGACAUUCUACUGCUCGUCAACAACGCCAUCGUCUUCUUCCCCAACAACUCCCUUGAAUCCAAUGCAGCACUCGAAAUCCGUGCCCUCGUCGCCAAGGAGAUCUCCCGGGAGACCCCCAAGCCGGAAUCCGGGAAACAAAUCUCACUCCAAAACUUGUCCAAGAAUGUCGAAUCAACCGACCCUUCAAAUCCCUCGAAGCUAAAAACAAGGCUAUCUGGCUCCUUAAAGAUGUGUCGCCAACGAAGCUCGGUCGCAGAUGAAAAGGAUUACACGAGAAAACGGACAAUGGACAACCGGUUCUCGUCCGCAACCACACCAGCCAACACGAGGAGAAACAGCAAGAACAACAACAAUAGUGAUAAUACGAAUCAAUCCAACAGCAAUAGUAGCAACACGAAAUCGGACUCGAAAAAACGAGGGGCUACAAAUUUCUUGAACCGGAUGAAUAAAGGGUCCAACUCCGGCGACCUGCUCGAUGCCCUGAAGAACACGCCGCUGACCUCCGGCGAGGGGAGCGGCAAAGGUGGGGAGAAGAAAGUGCAGGUCACGAGGAGGAGCACGGCGGAGGAAAGGCUGGCGAAGGAGAAAGGGAUCCCCGGGAAGAGGAAUGUGGGCCGCCCGCCGAAAAGGGCGGCAGUAGUAGCGGCACCACCGGCGGCGGCGGCCGGGAAGAGGGGAAGGGAGAAGAUUGAGAACGAGCAGAAGAAAAGGAUAAGGAAGAUAUAGAAGGAUUUUGGAGGGAGUUUAGGAAUGUAGUUUUGUACCUAGUGUAUGGAUUCAUUUUUCUAUUUAUAGCAGGUUAGGGUUUAGUUUUUCUUCUGUUUUAUUACUAUUUUUUUUUUAUCAUCCUUAGUUUGGGUGUUUAAAAAAAAUGGUUUUAGAUCUCUGAUGGACAGAAGUUCUGUUUUUGAACUCACAGUUUUUGUUAAAGUGAGUGUAUUUAGAAGACUAGUGGAGCUUGAGAAAAAGUGAAAGGUCGUAUUAAAUAGUGCAGAUGGGGUUGGUUUUGGUC